AUGAUGCAGAUUGCUGCAUGGAAUGUUAGGGGUUUGAAUCAAGCCCCUAAGCAAUUUGAGGUGCGGUCCUUUAUCUCUUCUCAGAAGUUGAUGUUCAUCGCUCUUUUAGAGACUAGAGUCCAGGAGAGGCAUGCUGCUGAUGUCUCCCACAAUAUUAUGCCCUCUUCGAAGUGGGAUUUCAACUAUGAUACUUGUGAUGGGGGUCGUAUUUGGAUAGGUUAUGACCCGAAUGCCCUUAGUGUGCGGACCUUAUUCAAGUCGGACCAGGCUAUCCAUGUCAAAGUGACGAGUCCUGAGAUCCCAAUCCCUCUCGUCAUGUCUUGUAUUUACGCAAGGAAUGUGGAGGUGGACCAAGCCAGAUUAUGGAAUUCCCUCACAGCUAUUGGGGUUGCAGCUUCUUCUGACCCUUGGCUCCUUAUAGGGGAUUUCAAUGUGUGUCGCGAUUGUUCUGAAAUGAGGGGUGGCAACACCUCUUUCUCCCUUGGUAUGCGUAGGUUUAACGAUUUUCUCUCUUCUGCCUCGCUUCAGGAUUUGGCUUAUAGUGGCCCUAAGUUGACGUGGACCAAUAAGAGGUUUGGUGAAGAGUGUAUUCUUAGGAAGCUUGAUAGAGCCCUGGUCAAUGAUGAUUGGCUCUCCCACUAUCCGGAUAGUAAAACUCUCUUUUUUCAACCAGGGAUUUCUGACCACAGCCCUGUCGUGGUGGCUUUAUUAGGAGAUCUUCAGCAUAAGGGCGGCCCGUUUAGGUUCCUUAACCAUCUUGUUGAUCACCCUCUUUUCUUGGAUAGGGUGGAGGCUAGUUGGACAAGGCAAAUCCCUGGAGUUCCCAUGUUUCAAGUUGUUCAAAAAUUGAAAGCUGUUAAGAAUGCUAUGAAGACCCUUAAUAGGUCUAGGGGGCAUGUUUCUGAUCUCGUCUCGUCCCUUAGGAAUCAUCUUCUUAGUAUCCAACAUCGUUUGCAAGACAAUCCUCAUGACCCCGUCCUUCACCAGCAGGAGCUUGAGUUGAACAGAGACCUUUUAGUGGCCCUUGCGCAGGAGUCUGACCACUUUCACCUUCGUGCUCGGAUUAGGUGGUCUGCUAAGGGAGAUAGAUGCUCUCGGUUCUUUUUCCAAUCCAUGCUCGCUAAGCGUAAUAAUCAUCGUAUUAUGAACCUCCUCAGAGAAGAUGGCACCCUUACUGAGUCCAAAGAUGAGGUUGUGGACAUUUUGGUCUCCUACUUCCAAAAUCUUUAUAGGCCUAGUCCUCGGAACUCUCCCCUUAGCCCGAUUGCAGUGGCCCCCUUCAUUGACAAGCGUCUGACUCAAGACCAAUGGGCUGGGCUUAUUGCUGAGGUUUCGGCUGAAGAAGUUAAUGAAGGAUCAUGA